GUUAUCACAUUUCUCUCUGUAGCUUGUUAUCGAGGAGAUUACUUCCACUAUUUGCAAGAGUUUAAACCGGGAGCUCUUACAUGUUGAAAAGAACCUCGUGGGCAUGGAUUGUCCUAGGGCGUCCUCUUCUUCUUCUUGUACUUCUAUUGGUCCAUGGGAUUAUGAAGUUUUCUUGAGCUUUAAGGGUAAAGAUACCAGCCACAACUUCACGGAUAAUCUCUAUGCAGCUUUAUAUCGGAAAGGGAUUCAUACCUUUAGAAUCGAUGAUCUACGGGGAGAAGAUAUUGCACCAGGUCUUUUGUACGCUAUUGAGAAGUCAAGGUUGGUUCUUGUAAUUCUCUCGCACAACUAUGCUCGUUCCAACUGGUGUUUGGACGAACUGGUGAGGAUAAUGGAGUGCAGGGAAGAAAUGGGAAAAAUAGUUUUUCCAAUUUUCUAUCAUGUGGAUCCUUCCCAUGUGCGAAAUCAGAAGGGCAGCUAUGGAGAAGCAUUCGCUUAUCAUGAAAGAAAUGGGUUUGGCCACCAGACACAGAGGUGGAGGGCAGCUUUGAGGGAAGUGGGCAGUCUUUCUGGAUGGCAUGUACAUGAUUGGUUUGAAGCAGAUUAUAUUGAGGAUAUCACUCACGUUAUUUUGAUGAGAUUUAGUAAAAAAAUCUUACAUGUUGAUAAGAAGCUCAUUGGGAUGGAUUAUCGUUUGGAACAAUUGGAAGAAAAUUUUCCUCUGAUUAUAAACCCAUUAUCAAAUGAUGUUCGCAUGGUUGGGAUUUAUGGAUUUGGAGGAAUUGGGCUUAAGAAGUUUCCAGAUAUUCGAGGUAACAUGGACCAUUUAUUGCAGCUUCAUUUGGCUUCAACUGUCUUCAACUGUUAUUGA